GCUUUCUUUCACCGUUGGAAAUUUUUCUGUCCGGCUGCCAUCGAAGCAGUUAAAAGUUGCGCAGAGUUUUCACAUUUUAUUGGUUCAUUUGCAGUGAAAAACGUUUAAUUUUGUUUUCGCGUUGUGAAAUACAUUCUUCGGAAACAUAAAACGGUGAAAGUGACUCAAAUACCUGGUGAAAAAGUGUUGUUUAUUGGGUUUUUUGUUGUUGCUUUUUGCUGUUAUGGUUUAACGCCUGGCUGUUUGCUUGGCGGGGAUUGUUUGAAUUUGGUUUCUUGGUGUUAAGUUUGAAACCCGGACGGAAGGAGGAUGGACGAUCUACUGCACAAAUUUAAUGAAAUAAUUUUGCACACAUUUGCGGCAGAAUCUCGCUUGGAAGAUGAAUUUCAGAAAAGUACCAAAAAACUCGAUGAGCAUGUGUCGCAAUCUCUCGCCAGUGGAACUCCGGUUCAAACAAAAAAGCGUCCAAAACGCCUGGAAUCCAUGGACGUGGGAGAAGAUCAUGAAGAUGCUGCAGAUGAAGCUGUUAACUCGACAAACAGCUCCCUUCAUGCCUCCAGGGCCAGCCAUAGGAAGAACAGUACCAAUGACAAAGCACGGGAAAAGGCUCGAUCUCUGGUGGACGAGAUGGCUGCCGUUGCUCCAGCAGUCGCGUUGCCUCCAUCGGUAUCGCCGGUGGUUGAGGAACAGAGACACGAAACUGAAAAAUCGCACGAUGAUUCAGAGAGAAGGCCGGCUCGUGCGGCACGGGUCAAAGCCAAACAGAAUCUGAAGGAACCUACCUUGAACAGUAAAAUGCGUCAACCAAGCAUUAGUAUUAAAAAGGAAAGAAUUUCUGAAGAAAUACGCCAUGAUAAGCAGACGGUACAGCCUAUGGAAACGGAUACUGAGAACAAUGCCAAUGCAAUGAAUGUGACGCAGAAAGAUAAGGAUGCAAAGAAACGAAGUAAAUCGAACGAUGAAGGUUUUGGCAGUACCAACGAGAAGGAAAAGGAAUGUGAAGAUACGCCUGCGUCGGAAAUGUCGAUAAUUUUGAUACCGAAACCGAUCCCAAAGGUUGAAGUGCUGUCGGAUGAUGAAGAUGCGGGAAAAAUGCCUCCUCCUGCGAUUCCACCGCCACCCGCAGCCAAAACUAAAACACGAACCAAGAAACAAGAUAAAUCCAAGGUUAAGGUCUCGGAUGUUCUUCCAAUCACAAUCAAACGUGAAAAGGACGCAGAUGAGCUGUCCUCUAGUUCAGCGAUUUCGUCGGCAGAAUCAACACUCUCUUCGACUUCCACGAGGAGCAAUCGUACGCGAAAGAAGAACACAAGUUCCCAACCAGAACCGACUAAAGUGCACAUAAAAACGGAAAAAUUGUCCUCCGGUCGGAAAGAGUCGACCAGUAAGACAAAAACUGCCGCUGUUGAUAGUCCUACACAUUCGGAGAAAUCCAUCUAUGAAGAUGCUUUGGAUGGGGACACCGUAAUGCGACCAGUUGCCGUGGCAUUGGGGCGAAUCCCAAUGAUAGCCGAUGGCGAAAAGAAUCAAACUUUUGCUUUGGACUCUAAUGGUACGUUCUCUGUGCCUACAGGUAAUGGAACUUUCUCAGUGCCUGCUUCCAACGGAACUUUCUCAAUGCCUGCUUCCAACGGAACGUUCGUUGUUCCUUCACCAGCCAACGGUACAUUCAACGUGAAAUCUCCGGAAAAUUGCGCAAAUGGCACUAUGAAUGCCCGUCAGCUACCGGGGCCUGAUAAUAACACUUUCGUGAUGGACAAGCAAAAAUCUAAUGAAGAUCAACAGCGUAUGAUCAACGCCAGCAUUAUGACCGAAGAUAAUUCCCACAUCGAGGAAAGCCCGGAGAAGCCACCCCCGAAGGCUAAGAAACCAGUAGUAGCUAAAAAACCACAAACGACCACUAAAUCAUCCAAGAAGCACAACGAGCUUUUCUCCCUGCAAUCUCCCAUCAAAACCAGGAUCGAAGCAUUUGAGAAGGCAGCCGUGGGUUCCCCGUAUCAGUCUCGCAUUGCCUCCAAGAACACAACCCCAUCCCAAGUGACUCGAUUCCCCUCAAAAGCUUCCACCACUCCACUCGCUUCCCAGCGAUAUCCGGCUUCCGUCAAAGCCAGUACCGCUCAGACAACGCCAAAUGCUCAAAGUACCCUUCCACUGUCCAAAGGAAUCUCCUCUUCCGCUUCCAAGCUGGCACACCUGCAGAAGAAACCGACACUCGCUUCCGCAAACUUACCGAAAUCGCAAAGUCUGUCCCGCGAGCCCAGCAUCGAACGGGGCGUCGGAACCCUUUCGUCGGCGUCGUCCACCACUUCGCUGGCCCUGGACGAAAAGAAGAAAAAGCGCGAGGAAAAGCAACGCCUGGCCCAGCAGCAGCGCGAGCAGAUGGAGAAGGAAAAGCGCGAAAAUGCCGAACGGUUGAUGAAGGAAAAGGAGGAAAAGCAUCGCAAGCUGGUGCAGGAGAAGGAAGACAAACUGAAGGCUGAUCUGGUCAAGAAGGCCAAAAAGAUGGAAGAGUUCGAGAAGCGGCGACAUCUGGAGGAGCUAAAUCAACGGGUGCUGGCGGAGCAGAAGCGCGAAGAAUUGGCUAAGCUGGAGCAGCAGCAGAGAACUGAACGGGAGCAAGCUGAGAUUUUCAAAAUCAACCAGGCAAAGGAAAACUACGAAAUAAAACUACAUAAACAGAUGUACCAACAAAAGAUGCAGCAGCAACAAAAACUCCAGCAGGCUCAAGCUCUUCAACAGCAGCAACUGCAGCUGAAGAAGUUAAAGCCGAAUGGAACUGUGGCCCCACAAGAAAAGAACUGUUUCACCUUCGACAUGAUACUGACGGACGAUUCAACCGACGACGAAAGCACCAGCGCCAGCAAGAAGUCAAAACGUCCUCCACUUCCAGGGUGGUGUUCCAAGAACGAACGCCACCCGAUAAUCCGGACACAGCGGGAAAUCAAACUGAAGGUGAUCGAUCAAUUCUUCUCGGUGGCACCCAUGACGGCGGACCUACGGGAGAUAUUCCCCUCCAUCGAUGCCCGGAAACUGAAGCGAAACUCGAGUGCCGUCUGGAGGACACCACCCCGCUACUCGCAGAUGCCCAAAUAUUGAGAGCAUUCGCAUCAUUCGCUAUAUCUCUAGCUGCUAACCUAUCUAACAACAUUCGAAUUGUAUUUUCGACGUUAAGUUUAGAACCGUAAUAGAGGAUUUGCCUCUCCCAAUCAAGCGCAAGUGGGUAAGUGUAUGAACGAUAUUUUAUGUGUUCUGUGUUAUUUUCGUGGGUGUUCGAAAUUAAAUGUAGUUGUCCUCACUCGAAUUACAUCUCAAGUCGGAUGCACGCUGUUGGAUACAUGUGUGUGACGUUCUUGAGCAAAGCCAAAACUACAUUGGUAUUGGGUUGAAAAACUCACUUCUUUGAACGGGGUAUUCGAAAUGGGAUAUGUUUUAAGUACGGACCCAAUAGGUGCAUCAACGGUCGAUAACUAACCACGUUUUCAUAGGUUGGUCCCAAGGCUGUCCUUGUGCAGAUUUUUUUUUUACGAAUUGACUUUCGUCGGUUUAGCGAAGGAUUAUUCUACUCGUAAUGUUCGCAUA